AAAGGACAUUUUGCCAAUUGCAUUAAAGGACAUUACAAUUUUAAGCAUACUGGAAUUUUUAUCUACACAAAAAUAAAAAUUGGAAUACAACAUUGAAAUACAGAAAAGCUUAAAAAAAUAUUUUUGUGAAGUGUUUGAAAUAGAAUUUAUUGAAUUAAAAAUAUGCAACAUCACCCGGUAUCAGGAUAUAUGGCGGAAUUGCCUUACCAACCUUUGUGGGCUCAAGAUGCACCGCCACCUCCAUCUAUGGUUCCCUAUCAGAAUCUUAUUGCUGGAUUUCCAUGCUCAGAAUUGGCUUUGUGGCAACGUUCACAAGUCAGCGGCUUGGUUCCACCUCAUUCAAAUUCCAAUUCUCGCCAAGAUGGCAAUAAAUCAGGUGUUUCUUCCUCAUCGCACUCCAACCCUAAUAAGAAGGUUCGUAGGCGCACUGCCUCCUUGGCCCAAAGACGUGCGGCUAACAUUCGCGAACGCCGCCGCAUGCUCAACUUGAAUGAAGCCUUUGAUAAAUUACGUCCCAAGGUUCCUACUUUCGCCUAUGAGAAGCGUCUUUCGCGCAUUGAAACUUUGCGCUUGGCCAUCACCUAUAUUGGAUUUAUGACGGAGCUUUUAAAUGGCACUCCACCAAAUACGCCCAAAUCUCAAACAUCAGAUCCCUAUGGCAGUAUGAAUGGUCAUCAUCAUCACCAUUCCGCUGCCAUGGCGCAUCAUAUGCACCCGUCGGCUUAUCAAAGAGAUUAUGUAUCGCCAUACGGUCAUACCCUAGCUUAAGGGGAAAUCGUUUAUUGUUAAUCUUUCUUUUGGUAUUUUUUGAUAUAUGUGUAACAUUAUUUUGU